AUGGUGUUAAGGAGGGGCGGGGGCAGCUCCUGGCGGUGGCUUGGCCUGGGAGGGGAGAGUGCUUGCACAGGCCCCAUAGGCAUGCUCAGAGCUGCCCUGCUGCUCAUCAGCCUGCCAUGGGGGGCCCAAGGGACAGCCAGUGCCAACCUCAGCACAGCUCUGGGCCACACCAUGCCACUGACAGGGGGCCGCUACUUGAGCAUUGGGGAUGGCUCUGUGAUGGAGUUUGAGUUCCCCGAGGAGAGCGAGGGCAUCAUCGUAAUCUCGAGCCAGUACCCGGGCCAGGCCAAUGGGACGGGGCCUGGACCCACACUGAGGGUCACAUCCCUGGACACAGAUGUGCUGACCAUCAAGAAUGUGAGUGCCAUAACCUGGGGUGGUGGGGGUGGCUUCGUGGUGAGCAUCCACUCUGGCCUGGCUGGACUGGCCCCACUCCACAUCCAGCUCGUGGACCCCCACGGGGCCCUGCCCGUGCUGAUUGAGGAGCGGAGAGAUUUCUGCAUCAAGGUCUCACCUGCUGAAGACACCCCUGCCACCCUCGGCAAUGACCUGGCCCACUUCUCAGAGAACCCACUACUCUACCUGCUCCUGCCUCUUAUCUUUGUCAACAAGUGUUCUUUUGGGUGCAAAGUGGAACUCGAGGUUCUGAAGGGGCUCAUGCAGAGCCCCCAGCCCAUGCUGCUGGGCCUCCUGGGACAGUUUCUGGUCAUGCCCCUCUAUGCUUUCCUGAUGGCCAAGGUCUUCAAGCUGCCCAAGGCCUUGGCUCUGGGCCUCAUCAUCACCUGCUCGUCACCAGGCGGCGGGGGUAGCUACCUCUUCAGCCUCCUUCUUGGAGGGGACGUCACCCUGGCCAUCUCCAUGACUUUCAUCUCAACAGUGGCUGCCACUGGUUUCCUGCCACUGUCCUCAGCCAUCUACAGCCGCCUUCUGAGUAUCCAUGAAACACUCCACGUGCCCCUCUCCAAGAUCCUGGGGACCCUGCUGUUCAUCGCCAUCCCCAUAGCAGCAGGUGUAGUGAUCAAGUCCAAGCUCCCCAAGUUCUCCCAGCGGCUGCUGCUGGUCAUCAAGCCCUUCAGCUUUGUGCUCCUCCUGGGCGGCCUCUUCCUGGCCUACCACAUGGGGGUCUUCAUCCUGGCAGGCGUGAGGCUGCCCAUUGUACUGGUGGGCCUCACAGUGCCCCUGGUUGGCCUCUUGGUGGGCUACUGCCUGGCCACAUUCCUGAAGCUGCCGGUGGCCCAGCGGCGGACAGUCAGCAUUGAGGUCGGGGUGCAGAACAGCCUGCUGGCCCUGGCCAUGCUGCAGUUGUCAUUCCGCCGCCUUCAAGCCGACUAUGCCUCACAGGCCCCCUUCAUUGUGGCGCUGAGCAGCACCUCCGAGAUGCUGGCCUUGGUCAUUGGGCACUUCAUCUAUAGCAGUCUCUUCCCAGUUCCCUGAGGCCCCUGGGCCAAGCUUUCAUCACCUCCAGCCCCCACACUCCGCCCACUGUCCCCACAGUUCUUGUGUACCAAAGGCCUUUAGUUCUCAUGCACUAUGCACUCAGAAAAAUCCAGGCUUAUUUUUUUUACUGAUUUUUUAUUCUCCAGCUUUCAGUGCCAAAGAGGCCAUGCUGAGUUAGGUAGGUGGGCACUGCCCAGAAAAUAUAUUUCAAUAAAAGAGAGAAGCAAG